AUGGCGCCCAACGACAGCGGCAUGAGCGGCGACAGCCGACCGACCGACCACGCCAUGACAGCCAUUGUGGUGUUUGUCAGCUUGUCACUCUACAACGUGGCGGAGCUCGGCCUCAUGAUCUUGUCCACAUUCAAGCGACGACGAGGGCUGUAUUUCUGGAGCUUCGUGGUGGCCACGUUCGGGAUCGCGCCCUAUGCGAUAGGGUUUCUGUUAAAAGGCCUCCAGUUGUCCCUUCCCGGCUGGGGAUACGUGACUUUGAUCGUGGUUGGCUGGUCUUGCAUGGUAACCGGCCAGUCGCUGGUUCUGUACUCGCGACUACACCUCGUGCUCCGCAACGCAUUCCGGCUGCGGCUGGUGUUGGCGAUGAUCGUCACCAAUGCCUUUAUCUGCCACAUCCCCAUCACCGUCAUGGCGUACGGAGCCAAUUCCAGCAACCCGGCCCCGUACGUCGGACUGUACUCUAUUUACGAGCGAGUGCAGGUCACGCUGUUCUUCCUGCAAGAAAUGAUACUCUCUGCCCUUUACAUCUACGAGACAGUUGGGAUGAUGCGUGUCCGGCGUCGUGGCGCAUCUACAUGGUGUCUCAUGACGCAUCUCAUUGCCGUCAACGUCACAGUUGUGGUGUUGGAUGUCACGAUCCUCGGUCUCGAAUACUCGGGGCUGUAUGAUGUACAGACAUCCUACAAGGCGCUUGUCUACAGCAUCAAGUUGAAGCUGGAAUUCAGUAUUUUGAAUCGACUCGUGGAGGUGACAAGGGGCCGCGGCGAUGACUUCGUUUUCACCGAUGGCAGCUCUUCAUACGCCAGGACAGGAGCCGGAAGCGGCGUGCGGCGGGAAAGUCUGGAUGCGAGGGCGAAGAGGAAAAAUUGGGCUGAUAACACGGGCGCUGAACUUGGACCUGCUGAAGCACGAGUGGCAUUGCCUGUCGCGGGGGUCUCGGGAGGGGAAACCAGCAGCUCAACGGCCGAAGUUCCCGAACGAAGACGCCACCGGCGUUCCAAAGGGAGACGCGACAAAAGCGGCAAGGAAAACAUUGACGACAAGCCGGGCCCGGGUUCGGUUUUGGAAUGUGCUAUUCGGGGGGAAACGCAGCUGGUGGUCGAUUCCUCGGAAGGUAUUGUUAGCAAAGAAAUUUCAUGA